GUGAAUGAAAGCAUAAAGAAAUGACUACAGCUGGAAGUCGCCUUAUCUGGAAUUUCCUCCUCCGCUGCAAUGCAACCGCCUUAUUAUCCUUCCCUCCAAAAUUCAAAACCCAAACAUUCACCAAACACUAAAAUCCUAAUUAUUCGAUUCGUUAGUGGCAGGACCAAAGGAUUGGCCGAGGGAGCAAAAGAACAAGUCCUCCAAGUUCCUAUUAGCUCCGAUCGACUCCUCCCUGGAAGAGUCUUCUCGCCGCUUAUCUUUUGCUCAGUAACUCACUUCUCUCUCUCUCUCUCUCUCUCUCUCUCUCUCUCCACAUGCGUUUCUACUUUUAUGCGUCUUACUUUGGUUUUCGACGGCUGCGAGAGAUUCCGAUUACGCAUACAAUGAUGUGGAGAAAGUUCAGAGCCUAUUGAGAUCUGCUGCCAGGGAUUGCCUAACAGGAGAGAGGAAUUCGGUUGCUUCAUUUCAAGCCAAUACAAGACGGUUGAGUGAAAAAUGCGGCAUAAUUGAUUGGUGACAAAGAUCCUGUAAAGUUGGAAGCCGAAGCUGUAUUAAAUGAUCUUAAUCUCUUAUGAGGAAUUUUUAGUUCAUCUUAGAAUGACACUUCGGAAAUUCAAACACGUGAUAUGCACGUGUAUAGAGCGAACGGUUUUAAAGUCAUUCCCGGGAAAGGGGUAGCCUCAGAUUGCGUAACGGGAAGGCAUCAAGGGAUGGCUCCAGCUGGACACAGCCUUAUCUCAAAUCCCUCCUCCACUGCAGCAGCCUUCUCAUCGUUCCCUCCAAAACCUCCAAAUUCAAAACCCAAACAUUCCCCUACGCACCAAAACCAAAACCAACGGCUCCAAAUACGCGCCGACGUCUCUCGAAGAGACAUUGCAUCGCUCUCUUUCCUUGUUCUCGCGCCUUAUUCUCUCUCUCAAUGCGCUCCUCCUGCAACCGCCAUUUCCAUCGGCAUCUCAGGACCCAAGGAUUGGCUGAAGGAGCAAAAGAAGAAGUCGUCCAAGUUCCUAUUGGCUCCGAUUGAUGCCUCCCGGGAGAGUCUUCGAGCCGCGUAUCUCUUACUAACAGCGAGAGAUUCCGAUUACACAAAUAAGGAUAUCGAGGAAGUUCAGCGCCUAUUAAGAUCUGCUGCUAGAGAUUGCGAUCCAGCAGAGAGGAAUUCGUUUGUUUCGUUCCAAGCCAAUACAGGAGUCGAGGUUUGCACAUUCCGGUUGGUAGUGAAAAAUGCUGCAUCAUUGCUCGCUGAUAAAGAUCCCGUAAAGUUGGAAGCGGAAGCUAUAUUAAAUGAUCUCAUAAGGUCUUUUGCUUCUCUUUAUGUUCUGGUAAAUGAAACUAAAAUUAGCCUGCCUUCUGACAGACAGAAGCUAGCAGAUUCACUCAUGGAUACCAUAUCCUCUCUUGACAAAUUUGAGCAGGGAAUCAAGGAUUGCCUCGAAAUUUGAUCCAUAUGGUUUUCUUAUGCAAUUAAAUCUGAUGGAUAUUAUGUUUGAAAUUCUGCUGAUGCGUCUAUUUUGUAUUUGUAUGUAAAUCUUUUUCUCUCCAUUUUACAUGUCUCCUCUACUCUCCUUUUCUUUUUUUUUUUGGGUAAAUAUGUCUCCUCUACUCUUGAUAUCCUUAUUGAUAAACAUAUUUUGAUAUAGGCUAGAAGAUUAUAAUAUGCAACGCUAUACAUUGGAACCUGGUGGCUGGUGAAAGCUCCAUUUCCUGAUUCUACUUUUA